AGCUCCCCAGUCCCUUUCGUACCUCUGAGGCGGAGAGGAAAUGACUUUAUCGGACGUGGCUGCUCCCAGUCGGGUGUCCUUGCUCUGCCUUCCUGCCCGAGGGACCCCCGGAGGGGGAGACGCUGCGGCGGCCCAUCCCUGAGGACUUUCGGGAGGAAUCUGCCUUGACGGAGAUAAAAAUGACAACCUCGUCGAUCAGGCGGCAAGUGAAGAACAUUGUGAACAAUUAUUCGGAGGCCGAGAUCAAAGUCCGGGAAGCCACCUCCAAUGACCCCUGGGGUCCCUCCAGCUCCCUCAUGACCGAAAUAGCGGACCUGACCUAUAACGUGGUGGCCUUCUCCGAAAUCAUGAGCAUGAUCUGGAAGCGGCUGAACGACCACGGCAAGAACUGGAGGCACGUUUACAAGGCCUUGACCCUCCUGGAUUACCUGAUCAAGACCGGGUCGGAGCGCGUGGCCCAGCAGUGCAAGGAGAACAUCUUCGCCAUCCAGACCUUGAAAGAUUUCCAGUACAUCGACCGGGACGGGAAGGACCAGGGCAUCAACGUGCGCGAGAAGUCCAAGCAGCUGGUCUCCCUCCUGAAGGACGACGAGAGGCUCAAGGCGGAGAGGGCCCAGGCCUUAAAGACCAAAGAACGCAUGGCUCAGGUGGCCACCGGAGUGGGCAGCAACCAGAUCUCCUUCGGCAGAGGCUCCAGCCAGCCCAAUCUCUCCACCAGCUACUCCGAGCAGGAGUACGGCAAAUCCGGAGGCUCCCCGGCUUCCUACCAUGGGUCUACAUCACCGCGAGUGUCUUCAGAACUGGAGCAGGCCCGGCCUCAGACCAGCGGGGAAGAGGAGCUCCAGCUGCAGCUGGCUUUGGCCAUGAGCAGAGAAGUGGCAGAACAGGUUGGUCUCUUCCCAGAGCAACAGCAUCACCUGCUACACUUUUGGGUUGAUCUUCUCUCUUCCCCAGAAAGGUGAAACGAGGAAAAAGGGCUGGGAAAAUGAGCACAGGUAGGAACCUGUCGAACUGCAGCUCUCCGCUCCCUCCC